CACAGAACUAAACACUGCAAAGGUACAUAAUUUUCCUUGUCAACUACUAUCUAUAAGCUUUAAGAAGAAAACAUCUCUUGUCUUAUGCACAAAAGCUUCAUAAAAAAAAAGUAAAAAUCCGUGGUAUACCUACAAUGGCAGGGCUUGGCUUCGUAGAGUUCCUUGUAGCAGUUAUUGUUUUCAUUUUAAUCCGCUAUUGGAGGCUCAACAGGUACACACCCAUGCUUAACUGGCCCGUUGUCGGAAUGCUACCCAGCCUCUUGCUCAACGUGUCCACCAUCCAUGAAUAUCUAAACUCAGUUUUGAAACUUCACGGUGGCACCUUCAUGUUUCAAGGACCAUGGCUAACAAACAUGGACAUGGUCUUCACGUGCGACCCCAUGAACGUGCGACACAUCACCAGCACAAAAUUCGAUAACUACGGCAAAGGGAGCCACUUCAGAGAUAUCUUUGAAGUUCUUGGAGAUGGAAUUUUUAGGUCUGAUUCCCACGUAUGGAAGUACAACAGAACCACACUCCAUUCAAUCUACAAACAGACGAGUUUUCAGUUGUUUCUUCACAGAACCAUAGAGAGAAAGGUGGAUAACUGUCUCCUUCCCUUUCUUGAUCAUGCAUGGACAGAAGGAGUGCAUGUGGACUUGCAAGAUGCAUUUCAAAGGCUAACUUUUGACAACAUCUGUUCUCUGGUUUUUGGAUAUGAUCCUAAUUGCCUUUCCAUUGAACUACCAGAAGUUGCAUGUGAGAAAGCAUUCAGUCAAGCAGAGGAUACUCUGUUCUACAGACAUGUCAAGCCAAGUUUCUUGUGGAAGCUGCAGGAAUGGCUUCAAAUUGGGAAUGAAAAAAAGUUCAAAGAAAACCAGAAAAUCCUUAACCACUGGGUGUAUGCAGAAAUCAAAUCCAAACGCCGAAACAGCACCAAUAUUGAGUCACAAUUUGACUUGCUAAGUGUGCUUAUAAGGGAAGAGGGCCAAAAUGAUGACCAAUUCUUGAGAGACACAGCAAUCAAUCUACUUGCAGCAGGGAGAGACACUAUAAGUGCUGGUCUCACUUGGUUUUUCUGGCUAGUAGCAACACACCCUUUAGUUGAAGCUAAGAUUGUUGAAGAGAUCAGAGAAAAUUUGCCAUCAAGAGAUGUGGUGAAUUGGAAGGAUUUAGGUGUGGAAGGGCUAAACAAAUUGGUUUAUCUCCAUGGAGCUAUAAGUGAAGCCUUAAGGCUUUAUCCUCCAGUGCCUAAUGAGCACAAGUGUGCAUUGAACUCUGAUGUGCUUCCUAGUGGACAUAAAAUUAAGCCAAAUACCAUAAUUGUGUACUCUCUCUACUCAGUGGGAAGGGUGGAAGAAACAUGGGGAGAGGAUUGCUUGGAAUUCAAGCCAGAGAGGUGGAUUUCAAAGAGAGGAGGGAUUGUUCAUGUGCCUUCUUACAAGUUCAUUGCAUUCAAUGCAGGACCAAGGAGUUGUUUGGGGAAGGACAUGAGCUUCACUGAGAUGAAGAUGGUUGCUGCUGCUAUGAUAUGGAAUUAUCACAUCCAUGUGGUGGAUGGACACCCAAUUUCCCCUAGUAUUUCCGUUAUCCUUCAUAUGAAACAUGGCUUGAAGGUUAGGGUCACAAAAAGAGGAGUUUGAUCAAAAGGGAUCUGAAUACAAAAUUACCAAUGAUAUAUCGAGGAUUUCCUUGUUGAAGUGAAGGGUCAAAUAAGUUAAGAAACUUCGUUAAUAAGUUUUAUAUAUACUUUACAUAAUUAAAAAAUUAUUUAAAUAAAAAAUUUCAUUUCAUAGUACUAGAUUUAUCUAUUAUGGCUUAAAUACUCUGUAGGUCCCUGAAAUUGUACCCCGUAUCAAAAUAAGUCCCUGAAAUUUUUUUUUCCGAUUCCGGGUCCCUAGAAAAAUUUGUUUGAUCAAAAUAAGUCCCUACGCCGGAGAAGACAGUGGUUGCCUCCUCAUUGUUUCCACAAACCAUGAAAUAACAUGUUUAAAACACUCCUAGACCUUCAUAUAUCUGAUCUGGGCGAAGGAAUCGCAAGAAACAAAGCUAAAACGAAGAAACCGAGAAGCUCCAUAAAUUCCGGCGAGAAGAAAUCAACUUGCGACUGGCCUUUUCUCUUCAACUGUGACGACCCAGCCCACGAGACCACCACCACUGAGUUCCUGAGGACGAGACGAAGCCGGCCCAACACCCUGGUCGUAGCGCCGCCAUGACCGCCGUCGUCAACCACCGUCUUCUCCGGCGUAGGGACUUAUUCUGAUUAAAAAAACAAUUCCAGGGAUCCGGAAUCGGAAAAAAAAAUUUCAAGGACUUAUUUUGAUACGGGGUACAAUUUCAGGGACCCCUAGAGUAUUUAAGCCAUUAUUAUAUCAACAAUGAUUGUUUCAACAUUUUUCUCAUAUAUACAAUUAAUAAACUUCUGAUAAGGUCAUCUUCGAUCGA